CUCGUUCACUGCUUCUGCAGCUUGGGUUCACCUUCCAACCGUUGUUGCCAUUAGGCUAUUCGAUUUUCCUUGUUAAUUUUCGGUAUAUGCUUUGUUACCUUGAAUUGUUGAUCAGUGGUCAGAUCUCCAAUCGCAUUUCAAUUGUUCCUAGAAAGCUAUAUCGCCAUGGCUAUUGACAUCCCAACCUUGGAAGAAAGGUAUAUCGGCUCUUGCAGGAGGCAUGGUGUUUUGCCUAACAGUUCUGUUUUGUCAAGCUUUUUUAAGGCUGAGAUAAAAAAGUCCUGCCAGGAGCGCUGCUGCCUAGAGAUUUUCAUUGAUGACAUAAAGGAUAUUGAUUUUCCUCCACUUCUUGAUGUAUGCAUGGACCUUGAUACCUCUGAAAUAGAAGCUGUUGAUUUACGUAAUGAAUCAACAUCUGAAAUUAAUGGAGAAUAUGCCUUAUCGUUGAUGCGUGCUAUCAAUCAAAAGCUUCGAGUAGUUCAUCUACAGGAUCUGUCAUUUGGAAAAGAUUUCUUAUGGUAUGUCUCUCAAAGAGGUUUGGCAUGCCAAGUUUUGACUUUGAGGUCUUCACAUUUCUGGAAGCUGAACUUGGCAGGGGAGUUCAUGAAUAUGCAUACUCUUAAUCUUGAUUUCUGCUCUUCAUUGACCAGUUUCCAAGGGGACUGCUUUAAUUGCAUGCCCAAUCUAAUGUGCCUAUCUAUGCGUGAGACCCGGAUUUCCAAUCUUUGGACAACUGUUGCUGCCCUCUCUAAGCUUCCUUCUUUAGUUGAACUUAGAUUUCAAUGUUUGUCGCAUUGCAAUGAUGCUAUGACCACUUGUGCUUCAUCCAGUGGGAUGUCAGAUGACACUGCUGAUUUCGUUCUAUCAAAUAGAGUUCCAUGUAUUGGUGAAUCCUGCAUUGGCACAAGUGAUCUGACAGAUCAUAACUUUAGUGCAGAUAAUCCACUGAGUAAUUUUUAUUCAUUUGAUGAUAUUACGAAUCAUGAUGCCCCAAGAAUUGUUGAUGAUUCAUCAGAUGAUGGUGAAAUGGACAUUUCACAUCGUCGUCAGAGAUACUGGUUGUCAGCUCUCUUUAGUAGGUGGAACAGACAGUUGCCUCUUCGGAAUGAGAAUCAAGAUGAAGAGGAUUUGUUGGGAGGUGCCUCUGCAAGGCGUACUGCUGAAGGUUCUCGGAAGUAUAUGCCCUGUCAUGCAUCACCAAUAUGCUAUGAGAAACACUACAGAGAAUUUAUGAUAGCUUCAUUACCCAACCUGAAAGUUUUGGAUAAUUUACCUAUAAAAAAGAUUGACGAGGAACAGGCUACUGAAAUGUUUUCUCAACACUUUGAGUAUCUACCAUACGGAUGGAAGCACAAGGAGAGUGUUGUUAAUAUCUUACAAAACCGUGAAAUAAAAUCAAGUCGUCUAAAUGUGCGGAGCCUCAAGUACAGGCCAUCAUAUCGUUCUGGAAAGACCCAAUAUUUUUAUGCUAGGUCUUUCUCUGCUGCAAAAGUGGGGUCUUCAACUUGGCCUUUCUUGUGCCCCCUUUCUCUAUCUGGCUGUCGCUUGGGAGGUGAAGAUAGAGUCUUUCGUCCAAGGCAGUUUGAGUACCAUCCAUCUGACUCCAGCCUGAUGGUCUUUGGAACUUUAGAUGGUGAAGUAGUUGUCAUCAACCAUGAGAGUGAGCAGAUUGUGAGUUAUAUCCCGUCACUUGGAGCAAUGAAUAGUGUAUUGGGACUCUGCUGGCUCAAGAAAUAUCCCUCCAAGCUUAUAGCAGGUUCGGACAAUGGUUCCUUGAAAUUAUAUGACAUCCAUCAUAUUGGAAGAAAAAGUACGGGCAUAUAUGGCAGUUCUGGCUGUGUUACUUUUGAUGAGUUUGACCAGUUGACAUCUGUGCAUGUCAACUCCACAGAUGAACUAUUUCUUGCAAGUGGUUAUUCAAGAAAUGUUGCUUUAUAUGACAUCAGCAAUGGAAAGCGCUUGCAAGUGUUCACUGAUAUGCAUCAGGGGCAUAUUAAUGUAGUUAAAUUUGCAAAUCAUUCUCCUUCAAUUUUUGCCACUUCGUCGUUUGAUCAGGAUGUCAAAAUGUGGGAUCUGAGACAAAAACCCAUACACCCUUGCUUCACUGCUUCAAGCUCUAGAGGAAACGUUAUGGCCUGCUUUUCUCCAGACGACCAAUAUAUUCUUGCAUCAGCUGUUGACAAUGAGGUUAGACAACUUCUAGCUGUUGAUGGUAGGCUUCACUUGGUUUUUGAUAUUGCUUCCACUGGAAGCUCUCAGAACUACACUCGUUCAUAUUACAUGAAUGGGAGGGACUAUAUUAUCAGUGGGAGUUGUGAUGAACAAGUCAUUCGUAUAUGCUGUGCUCAAACAGGGAGGCGUUUGAGGGAUAUAUCCCUUGAGGGAAGAAGUUCUGGAAGUUCUAUGUAUGUUCAAUCUUUGAGGGGUGAUCCUUUCAGGGAUUUCAAUAUGAGCGUGUUAGCAGCCUAUAUGCGUCCAGCUUCCAGGUCUGAAAUUGUUAAGAUCAAUUUGUUAGCGUCUAGUGGCUAUGCCAAGGAUGAUUCUGACCAGCCGCGCCCCUGUCCAUCCCAUAGUAUGGGAGCCUAACAUAUCAUAUUGCAGAUGUACUGAUUCAGGACUUUCAACCUCUGCUUCAGAAUUAUCCUGGCGUGGGCAAAUUUCUAAUGUAAUUUAAGGCCCAUAAGAAAUUCAAAUUAAGAUCACAUGUACAUGUAUUGUGUGCAACUAAUGACUCAUUUGCUGUCGCGAAGACAGUUUCCUGCCAUCUGUAGGUAAAAAAUUGGUAGCCUGAGGAUUAGGUAGAUAAAAAUUGGUUGGCAGAGAAUUAGGUCCCCUUUUUUUAAAUUUUGAUUUUUUCUUCAUGAUGCAAGCGCCCCCUCUGUUUGGUGCGCGCGCGUGCCGUGGCGGAUCUUUAGAAUAUGGGGGCGACACACAAAUGUUGCAAU